CCUCCAUUCACCAUUUGAACGCCGCACUCAAGACUACCUUCUAACUUGGAAGUUCUACUUCUUACUCCUCUCGAACAAGAGUGACAAAAAGCAAGAAAAAAAAUAGGUCACGCAGCAGUGAAAGAAGGAACUCUCUUUCUGUUUGGUGAAUGGCUAACGUUGUGGAUCACGAUCAGCAAUGGCUGCUCAACUGCUUGUCCGCCACACUCGACCCCAACCACGAGGUCCGCACUUUUGCCGAAGCUUCCCUCAAUCAAGCCUCUCUCCAGCCAGGAUUUGGCAGUGCAUUAACAAAAGUUGCUGCAAAUAAGGAAUUUGCCGUGGGAUUGCGUCAGUUAGCUGCAGUUCUUCUUAAGCAGUUUGUUAAAAAGCAUUGGUAUGAGGGUGAGGACGCUUUUGAACCUCCUGUUGUUCCUGACGAUGAGAAGGAAAUUGUACGCAGAAUACUUCUGUUAGCAUUGGAUGACGGUCAUAGGAAAAUCUGCACAGCUAUUGGUAUGGCUGUGGCAUCCAUUGCAGUGUAUGACUGGCCAGAAUCAUGGCCAGACUUGUUACCAGUUCUGUUAAAUUUGAUUAACAAUCAAACCAACUUAAAUGGAGUGCAUGGAGCUAUGAGAUGCUUGGCUCUUCUUUGUGCGGACUUGGAUGAUAAAAUGGUUCCAACACUAAUACCUGCCAUGUUCCCAAGUUUGAUGACAGUUGUCUCCUCUCCCCAGAUAUAUGACAUGUACUUAAGAAGCAAGGCUCUUUCAAUUGUGUAUUCUUGCACCUCCGUGUUGGGGACAAUGGCUGGUGUAUAUAAGACAGAAACAAGUUCUCUGAUUCUUCCUAUGAUUAAACCAUGGAUGCAACAAUUCUCUUCUAUUCUAGAAAUUCCAGUCCAACCUGAAAAUCCAGACGAUUGGAGUGUCAGAAUGGAGGUUGUGAAAUGCUUGAAUCAGUUUGUCCAAUAUUUUUCGAGCCUCAUCAAAAGCGAAUUUGAGGUUGUACUGGGACCGUUGUGGAAUACAUUUAUCUCCACUUUGAGAGUAUAUGAGCAGGCAUCGAUUGAAGGAGCAGAAGAUUCAUAUGACGGAAGAUAUGAUUCUGAUGGCUCAGAGAAAAGCCUUGAUUCUUUUGUUAUCCAGCUGUUUGAACUUCUAUUGACCAUUGUUGGUAAUUCAAGACUAAGCCAGCUGGUUCUAGCGAAUGCCAAAGAAUUGGUUUUCCACACUAUUGCUUUUCUUCAGAUGACUGAACAACAGGUUCAUACGUGGACAACAGAUGCCAACCAGUUCAUUGCUGAUGAAGAGGAUGCUACUUACAGCUGUCGCAUCUCUGGUGUGCUUUUAUUGGAUGAGAUAAUAAGUUCUUUUGGUGCUGAAGGAUAUCUGGCCAUCGAAGAUGCUGCAAAACGGUGGUUCACUGAGUCGCAAACAAGAAAAAUGUCUGGGACUGCAAGCUGGUGGAGGUUAAGAGAAGCUACGCUCUUUGCCUUAUCAUCUCUUUCAGAACAACUGCUUGAGACAGAGGAGACAGGGUUUGAAUCAGCAAGCUUGAAACACCUGAUUGAACAGCUUGUCAGUGAUGACUCUCAAGCAGGUCCUCUUGAAUACCCUUUCUUGUAUGCUCGCAUUUUUACUGCAGUUGCUAAAUUUUCCCCUGUGCUAAGCAGUGGUACACUAGAGCACUUUCUUUACAUGGCAAUGAAGGCACUUUCAAUGGAUUUGCCUCCACCUGUAAAAGUAGGUGCUUGCCGAGCACUUUCCCAGCUCCUCCCUGAAGCAAAUAAAGAAACUAUUCAACCUCAGUUGUUGGAUUUAUUUUCAUCCCUCACCAAUCUUCUUAUUCAAGCAUCUGAUGAAACCUUGCAUAUGGUACUUGAAACAUUACUUGCAGUAGUUAAGACAGCUCAUGAAUCUCCGGAACUGGUUGAAAGCAUUAUUUCUCCUGUGAUCCUCAAUGUUUGGGCAUUGCAUGUUUCGGAUCCUUUUAUCAGUAUUGAUGCCCUUGAAGUUAUUGAGGCAGUCAAGGGUGUUCCUGGAUGUAUACAUCCUUUGGUUUCCAGAAUUUUGCCGUAUAUUGGACCAAUUUUGAAUAAACCCCAAGAGCAGGCUGAUGGGUUGGUAGCUGGCUCCUUAGAUCUGCUAACAAUGCUGUUGAAGAAUGCACCCAAUGAUGUUGUCAAAGCAAUAUAUGAUGUCUGUUUUAGUGCCAUUAUCAGAAUAAUCCUUCAAAGUGAUGACCACAGUGAAAUUCAGAAUGCUACGGAAUGUUUGUCUGCUUUUAUAUCUGGGGGAAGAGAACAAGUUCUUGUUUGGGGGGAUUUUGGAUCAACUAUGAGAAGUUUACUUGAUAUAGCUUCAAGGCUACUGGAUCCCAAUUUGGAAAGCUCGGGAUCUCUUUUUGUUGGAAGUUACAUUCUUCAACUUAUAUUGCAUUUACCGUCACAUAUGGCAACACAUAUACGAGAUUUGGUUGCUGCUAUUGUUAGACGUAUGCAAUCUGCCCAAAUUUCCAGCUUGAGAAGCUCACUGCUAGUAGUUUUUGCAAGAUUGGUUCAUAUGAGUGUUCCUAAUGUUGGACAAUUUAUUGAUUUGCUGAUCUCUAUUCCUGCUGAAGGUCAUGAUAACUCCUUUGCUUACGUAAUGUCAGAAUGGACUAAGCAGCAAGGUGAGAUACAAGGGGCCUAUCAAAUAAAAAUUACUACAACUGCCCUGGCCUUGUUGAUAGCCAGUAGGCACAAUGAAUUGGCAAGAGUACACGUACAAGGCCAUCUAAUUAAGUCUGAUGUGGGAAUAACGACAAGAUCAAAAGCUAAAUCAGCUCCAGAUCAAUGGGUAAUGUUGCCACUUCCUACAAAGAUAGUAGGUUUGUUGGCAGAUGCAUUAAGUGAAAUACAAGAACAAACUUUGGCCGGAGAUGAAGAGGAAAGCGAUUGGGAAGAAGUUCAAGCUGAUACCAAUGAAAAGGAUAGAGAGUUUCUUCAAUCAGUCUCUAUAUCUGCAUCCGGAAGACACAAUGAUGAACAUCUUGAAGCAAUGGCAAAAGUGUUUAAUGAGGAUCAAGAGGACCAAUAUGAAGAUGACCUAUUAAGCGUCACCGAUCCGCUUAACCAGAUAAAUCUGGCCAAUUACCUUGUGGAUUUCUUUGUCAACUUUUCUCAGUCAGACAGACAGCUCUUAGAUCACAUUUGCAAGAGCUUGAAUCAGUCUCAACAAAAUGCAAUUCAAAUGGUACUGCAAACAUGAGCACAUUUGGGAUGAAGUACAAUUAGGAUAAUUCUAAAUGAUGGUGAGAAAUCGAAAAGGCAUUUUUCUUUUUCUUUUGUUUUUGGCAAGGUUGGGGAAUCUGUUUGGGGUUUCUACGGAUGAUUUCUUCUUCUGUUCCCCGUUGUCUCCCCCUUGUAUCGUUUCAUUCAAUGUGUUGUAUGUUAUGGGUUUCAGUUUUGGGAUUGACUCCACGUUCAUUGUCUAACUUGAAAAUUUAUGCGUAUCAAUACGGUAACGUUUGUGUGCAAUUUAUUAACGAGGGAAAUAGAAGAAACAAGUGGUGUAUAAGAAUGUAGCACGGACAUUCACUUUUUUAGACUAAAUUGACCAAAUUUUAUUUUUAGAAAAAUGUAAGACUUGCAAAUGGUUUAU